AUGGCAGUCUCAAAUAGUAAAUCCGCGUCAUUGGCCAUAGCAUCCGUGUCUCUGUUCAUGGUAUUGGUUAUGUUCGGUCCUAUCGCGGUCGAGGCACGUGCUUUUUUCGUUUUCGGCGACUCACUCGUCGACAGUGGCAACAAUAACUAUUUGGUGACAACUGCACGUGCCGAUUCUCCACCGUAUGGAAUCGAUUUUCCAACUCGGAGACCAACCGGCCGGUUUUCCAACGGUCUUAACAUUCCAGAUCUUAUCAGUGAGGCGAUCGGCAUCGAAGAGCCGCCGUUACCGUACCUAAGUCCAGAACUAAGGGGUCGGAGAAUACUUAACGGUGCCAAUUUUGCGUCCGCCGGCAUCGGAAUUCUAAACGAUACUGGCUUUCAAUUCAUAAAUAUUAUAAGAAUGUACCAACAACUCGACUACUUCCAACAAUACCAACAACGUGUGAGCCGCUUGAUUGGGAAACCGCAAACGCAGCGGCUCGUGAGUCAAAGCGUUGUGUUAGUCACGGUCGGUGGAAACGAUUUCGUCAACAACUAUUUCUUGGUGCCAUAUUCCGCUAGAUCGCGCCAAUAUGCUCUACCUGACUACGUCCGGUUGCUUAUUUCCGAAUUCAAGAAAAUACUAACGAGGUUAUCUUCGCUUGGAGUGAGUCGAGUUAUAGUGACUGGAGCUGGACCACUAGGAUGUGCACCGGCCGAGUUGGCAAGAUCAAGCUCGUCCAAUGGGAGAUGCUCAGCCGAGCUAGAACGAGCCGCGUCUCUAUAUGAUACUCAGUUGCUUCAAAUGAUAACCGAACUUAACAGAAAGAUUGGGAAAAAUGUGUUUAUUGCAGCAAACACUAACCAAAUGCAAAAUGAUUUUCUAACCACUCCACGAAGAUACGGAUUUAUAACGUCGAAGGUUGCUUGUUGCGGACAAGGGCCGUACAAUGGGAUGGGAUUGUGUACUAUAAUAUCGAACUUGUGUCCGGACCGAGAUUCAUACGUGUUUUGGGAUGCGUUUCAUCCGACCGAGAAAGCAAACCGCAUGAUCGUCCGUCAUAUCUUGACUGGAACCACUAAGUAUAUGAACCCUAUGAACCUUAGCUCUGCUCUUGCCCUAUGA